GUAUAAAAGCGAUCUCUACGCACGGCUCGCCACACACAGAGAGAUGAAGCUUAUUCUACUGGCAUUGCUGUUCGGCUGCGCAGCGGCUUCCCUCCCCAGCGACGAUGACAAGAUAAUCGGGGGGUACGAGUGCAGACCCCACUCCCAGCCCUGGCAGGUGUACCUGACCUACGACAGCGGGUACCGCUGGUGCGGGGCGUCCCUCAUCAGCGAGUGGUGGGUGGUGUCGGCCGCGCACUGCUCCAUGCACCCCAGUCGGCUGACAGUUCACCUGGGAGAGCACGACAUCUUCAGCUCCGAGGGGACGGAGCAGCACAUCCCCGUCGCCAAGGCGAUCAAUCACCCCGGUUACGACGAGGGCACCACCGACAACGACUUCAUGCUGAUUAAGCUGCAGCGGCCCGCCCAGUUCAACCAGUACGUGCAGCCCAUCAGACUGGCCUCCAGCUGCGCCGCGGCAGGGACCCCGUGCCUGAUAUCCGGCUGGGGAAACCAGAUCAUCAACGGAGUGAACUACGCGUCUCGUCUGCAGUGUUUGGACGCGCCGAUCCUGAGAGACGCAGAGUGUCGGGGGGCGUACGGAAGCUUGAUCACCGACAACAUGUUCUGCGCCGGCUUCCUGGAGGGGGGCAAGGACUCCUGCCAGGGUGACUCCGGGGGACCGGUGGUCUGUGACGGGGAGCUGCAGGGCGUGGUCUCCUGGGGGUACGGCUGUGCGGUCCCAGACUUCCCCGGGGUCUACGCCAAGGUGUGCCGCUACAACGACUGGGUGACUCAAACCAUCGCCAGGAACUGAAGCAGCGGCGCCAGGGAGAGGAGCUCGGUGCAAUAAAAAUACAUCAAACGCAGAAA